GAUGUCCAUUACCAAGGCUCACUAACCAAUCUGGAAACAGUUAAAGAAUGGACAAGAGAAAAUUGCGUUCCCUUGGUUCGAGAAAUUACAUUUGAAAAUGCAGAGGAACUGACAGAAGAAGGGAUACCGUUCUUGAUAUUAUUCCACAAAUUAGAUGAUGCAGAUAUUGUUAGAAAAUAUAACACAGAAGUUGUGCGUCAUUUAUCACAUGAAAAAAAUAAUAUAAAUUUCCUCACAGCAGAUGGGGCAAAAUUUA